AGUCUGGCGGAUGAGAUGGCAGCCGAGAUGCAGUCGGGCCUCUCUUCCGAUCAAGCAAGCAAGCUCAAGAUGCUCUGCACCCCCAUCGAAUCACUCCCCACCGGCGAUGAGCUUGGAUUAUUCUAUGGUCUAGAUCUUGGCAAAACCAGUGUCCGUAUCAUGCGUGUACAAUUGGGUGGACAGGAUGCUCGCAUCGUCAAACAAGAAGUGGUGGAAGUGCCCAUCCCGUGUGAGUUGAUGGUCGGAUCAUCGGAGGAAUUGUUUGAAUACAUUGCUAGAGAGCUAGCCAAGUUCGUAGCGACGGAAUAUGAAGCUUUUCCGGUUAUUGCAGUCCGACGGAAGGAACUUGGUUUUACAAUUUUGUUCCCCAUCGACCAACGGUCAGGAUCAUCUGGCACCAUCAUUGAAUGGCCCAAGGGCUUCGCGAUCAAGGACACUGUUGGAAAAGAUGCGGUCACAGAGAUCAACGAGGCGAUGGAGAGAAAUGGUGUGGACAUGCGCGUUUUCGCAUUGGUUAAUGAUACUGUUGGAGCUCUCGCCGAAGGUAGAUACAUCAGCAGCGAUGUCGUGGCCUCUGUGAUUCUCGGUGUGGGAGCCAACGCUGCCUACGUGGAGCUCGCGCAUGCGGUCCCCAAAUGGCAUGGCCCACUGCCAAAUUCUGGGCACAUGGUAAUCAACAUGGAGUGGGGAAAUUUUCAUUCUUCUCAUCUUCCAGUUACAGAAUUCGACAUUCGUUUGGACGCCGAGAGUUCGAAUCCUGGUGAACAGAUAUUUGAGAAACUCAUCUCAGGAAUGCACUUAGGAGAGAUUGUGAGAAGGGUUUUAUUGAAAAUGGCUGAAGAUAUUGGCCUGUUUGGAGAUACCAUUCCCCCAAAAUUAAGAAUUCCAUUUGUGUUAAGGACUCCCGAUAUGGCGGCAAUGCAUCAAGAUACAUCGGAGAAUCUUGAGAUGGCCGGCGAGAAGAUGAAGGAUGUUUUCGGCAUUCAAGCUUCUAAUCUGAUGAUGCGAAAAAUCGUGAUCAAUGUCUGCCGUGUUGUGGCUGAGCGUGGGGCCCAUUUGGUGGCGGCUGGAAUAGUAGGAAUUUUGAAGAUGAUUGGAAGAGAGAGGCUGAAGGAGAGGAGUGUAGUGGUUGUAGAUGGCAGCCUCUACGAGCACUACAGGUGCUUCAGAGAGUGUUUGCAUGGAAGCGUGACGGAUAUGCUCCGGACGGACGGCUGUCACGAAAAUGUCAUCAUCGAGCAUUUGAACAGUGGGAUCGGAGCUGCAUUGAUCGCCGCGGCCCACUCGAAGGACACACAGAAUUACUGAUUCUUUAUAAUUGAAUUGAAUUUUGAGUUUUAACUUAGAUUAGUCUAAAAACUAUUUAGUCUGUUUUGAAUGCAAGCAUGAG